CCACAGGGAGCUGGACCGCCGGUCUGCCGCCACCGAGAGCCGCCCCGGAGGGUCCUGCACCAGUGAGGUCCCUUCGCUACCGCUCGCGAUGUACGUGGGGCUUUGGCCCGGGAGCUGGCGGUACCAGUAGAUGAAGUCAACAAAACCCAGUCAGGAGCAUCCGGAGAGGCGAGGUUUCCAGAGGGUGUCGGCCUGUGCAUUGGCAGAAGCGUCCGUUAACAGUCGGUGGAGAGAGGAGUGCGCGGACGGCGGGUGGAAGGUAGUUCCUGCUGCUGCUGGGAACAAUCUGGCUCUACAGAUGUACCAUCUGUUCCCUGUGAUUGAACAUCAUCCUCAAACUUGUGGAAAGAAAUGGAAAGGCAGCAAUUCCGGAAGCCAGGACACGGCCCCCAGCAUUAGCUGGGAUGCUUUGCAUUCAAGAUGAGCUUGUCAGAAAAUAAUCACCUCCACAAGGGAUGCCUCUGGCAGCCUGGGGCACUGAAGGUCCAUGAUAAAAGCCAGCCCAGCUCCUCGCUCCCUCAUCCACUUCUCUUGCCUCCUUCUCCCUGGGAGUCAGGUGCACCUCCAGCCCCAAGCCAUGUCCUGCUGUGACCAGUGCCAGCCCUGCCAGCCCUGCCAGCCCUGCCAGCCCUGCGGCCCGACCCCGCUGGCCAGCAGCUGCAAUGAGCCCUGUUGCAGGCAGUGCCAGAGCUCCACCAUCGUCAUCCAGCCUUCUCCAGUGGUGGUGACCCUGCCCGGCCCCAUCCUCAGCUCCUUCCCGCAGAACACCGCCGUGGGCUCCUCCACCUCUGCUGCCGUUGGCAGCAUCCUCAGCUGUGAGGGAGUGCCCAUCAACUCCGGGGGCUUUGACCUCUCCUGCAUCACCAGCCGCUACUGCGGCAGCAGAUGUCGCCCCUGCUAAAGGUGCUGGCAACGGCCUUGGAUAAGGACUCCCAGGAACCCAGAAACACGAUGCUGGACAAAGGAUCAAACUUUGUGCCAUUGUUUUAAGAGCAGCUUAUCAUCUCAGGCUUGUCCUGCAAGGGCAGCCUGAAAUGUGUCACCCUGGGCUCUCUGAAAACAUGGCCAACGUCUACCUUUCCUCUCUUCCACUUGGACUUUUUCUCUCUCUUCUUUCUUGUCUUGUGCUGCCCUCAAAGCCUGCUGUGAGGACCCCAGAAAGCAGCCUGGAGUGACCUGCCAGCCUGUCUCCCUUUGCCAUGCUGGCCAACGGAUACGCUGUGGGAACUCUGCUGCAGGAAAAGGCAAACAGAUUCUUGGCUGCUUCUGCUCCUCCCUGCACUGGUGGUCUCCACUUGGACAGAUCUCCUUUCCCUCUUUAGACUCAUUAAAAAUUUUCUGCAACUG